UAGAGCGAUGUAUUUUAUUUUUAUGAACUAAACUAUCCAACAAAACAAAAUGGCGACGACCUGCACUGUCUCCUACUUUCGGUUUUGAAAGAAAUUUCAUAAAACAAAGCAAUGGAUUUCAAGGAAGUGGAAAACAUCAAUAAAGAAUUAAUUGUUAAAAUAAAGGACAAGAUACUUUUAAAAGAACUCCUACAUUACCUGGACGGAUGGGGUUUUUCUGUCAUGACAAUACAAGGUAUUAGAGCAGAAAUGAACAACCAUGGUGAUGCAUAUGCGGUUAUACAGUUUAUGGAUGCUGUUAAAAGACGACCACGUACAUUUCCUAAACUGGUUGCAGCACUUAAAGACACAAAGCAGCAGGAAAUUUACGAUAUAUUCAAAGAAAAGAUCAGGAAGUUUUAUAAAAACAAACAAACUCGAUUGGCAGAAGUCCUUUCAAUGAUAUCUGAGGAAGAGAGGCAGUUAGGGAUAACAGAGGAUCAUCAUGAUACAGGUGAUGUUGGAAGCCACGAUGCCUCCUCAUCGGGCAAUGUAGCAUCAUCACAAAGUGUUUUAGCUGGACAGACAGAUGGACAGUCAUCUAGUAACUCGCCCUCUAGUGACCAGUGGACACAGGACAUAUAUAGAAGAGAUGGACACCCCCCAGGCAGAGAUCCACCAAACAUUCCCAACUGGACCGAUAAUUCACCUGCAGUUCAGACUCCCGUCAGGUCUAAUACUCGAGUCUCAUCAUCAUCAUCAUUAUCAUCAGUAGAUAACAAUUCAUCAGGAGCUACUGGAAAUACACAGAACCAGUUUCCAUCGUCAGACCCUCCAGCCUUAGACCCCACUUAUGCAGGUGCAAGUAUAUCAUCAUUAAAGGCCAAUGUAUAUAAAAUGUUGGGUGAGGCAUUAGAAAAGAAGAACACCAGUGAUAACGAGCCAUGGUGGAAUCAUAUCGUUAACAACGGAGAUCUUAAUGUCAGCAGAAGAGAACAAAGACAAAUUGGGAGACAUGGAAGUCCAGGAAUUGAGUUUUUAGACAUCUUGGAUGAUCGAGACUAUACCCUGCAGGAUUUGGAAAGGUUGUUCAUUCAGUUUCAGAUCACAGAGGCCUUAAACGUUCUUCGCCUUCAUCAGAAUAAAGUAUUAAAUGGCAGAAGUUCAAAUCAAGCAAAUGCGAAUAAUGAUAGAAACUCAAACCAAGGGAAUAGGAACAAUUUGAAUAUAAACCAGACACCAAAAGCUGAUACAAAUAAAGAACUGAAUAUAUCAAUUCCACAGACAGAUGCUCCUGAAGGUCCCAAAGAACAAAAUGCAACAAGUGUACAGCUUCUACAGAAGCAGGCAAGUAGGCAACCAGAAUAUAACAGAAGUUCAAGUAAUGUUACUGAGCUGAACAGAAGUUCAAGUAACAUGUCUGUGACUCGACUGAACAGUAGUGCCUCAAAUCAGUCUUUUGAAAGUAACACUGAUUCUAAUCUAUCCUCAAUGCCAUCUAGAGAUAUUGAAGAUGAAUCAAUCAAGGGAACACAACCUGUUCAAGCUCACGGCGACCCAGCUGGUACUCAGUCACAACCAAACCCUGAAGAUGAUGCAGUGAAGCUGCGUAAUGAUCGUAUACGUCAGUAUGACUUUGAUCCUGGAGCUAUUGAAAAUACAAGCUAUAUAGCUGUAAAUAGACAAGAAGUAGCUCUUAAUAACAACUUGCCAACAGGUCAGACUGAAGGAGAUGUUAAUGUUGCAAAUAUGCCGUGUAGUCAGGAAGGACAGAUGAGAAACAGUGAGCAGCCAGCUCAAGCAGGUUCAGGUGUUAACCUUCCUUCAGAACGGGGUGGACAGGAUGGGUCAUCAAGUACAAGUGGUAUUCCUUUCCUAAGUGAACUUCGGUCAAUGGAAUCAAAUACUAGCAUUGAAGAGCCAGGAGGGGGUGUAAACAAUGAAUCACAAGGUGUUGCAGAUAUUCCUCCAAGAAGUUAUAUCACUGAUGAUGGAAUGUCGUCUGCAGAUUUGCAUCCCAGGUCUGGAGUUCAUUAUGUGCCUCCUAGUAUAGAGAGCCAGUCUUCAAGGGAAGUAACUGAAGAAAGUUCUGACAUUCAGUCUGGGGCUUUUGGGAAUGAUGAGUCAUCGGGAAGUUUGAGAGAUCCUGACUUGAUACAUGGUACGCAAGCAGCAGAAAAUAUGGCUUCAGAUUUAACUGAAGAAAACUCUGUAAAGUGACAACAUGAUUCAAGAGUAAAUCAGGUUCUUCUGUUUUUGUGACAGCCUGAGUAAAGAAACAAUUUCUUAGGAGUGAAUUCAGUGAAUAUUAUUUUUGGAACAGUUCCAAGCAGUUGUUGCCAGUUCCUGCUGCUACAAUGUGAAUGCAAACUGAGUUAAAAAUUGAUCCUCAUACUCGGCUAUAUGACAGCAAAUAAUGUUAAAGGAGCUCAUUACAACUUCUUUACCAACAAAAUGGGCAGUACAAAUAUUUAUGAUACAGAUAUACCAUGUGAUUAGAACUGGUAGAACAGGAAUAGACCAGCACCAGAUGGUCCAGAUCAGGCAGGUGUGUGUGCGCUGUCGGAAUGUUUUUGUCAGGUUGGUUCACCUUGUUGUUCUCCUUCAUUAAGGGGUUUUCAGUCUGAAUGUGGAACUAAAUACUAACAGAAUAGCACAGAAGAUUAACUAUUAACCACCAAGUGUAGGGAAAUUCCUCCAAGAGCUUUGUAACUAAUGAUGGAGUAUCUGCCAACAUUCCAAAAGCUUCAGGUAUGAGGCAGUUCAGAGGUGCAAUCAGAGACUGCUAGGAAUGUGGAGUCAAUGAGCAGUUUAAGUUUCUUGAUUUUAUAUUUGAGGAGACUGACACCAGGUAUCGAUAAUUUAAGAUCUAAGUUGAAUGAAGCAUACUCUUUAAAAGUGAUGUAAUACUUUAGAAUCAAUGAACUACGAACAGUAUGGACUCCAGGUCAUUGUUAAAAAAUCAAUAAAUUAAAACUCAAUGGUACGAUUCAGAAGAUUAAUGGAGGAAAAGUAGAAGACAGAACAUACAAAGAGACUGUAGGUCAAAGUCGGGUGGUGCUGAGAUCUGAUCAAAGUAUGAAAGGUUGUAUUGCAAGAAACUAAUAACUGUUUUAGAUGCCAAAGACAGCUUGCUGAGAUACUGGUUUUAUAGAGAUUUUAUCUGAAGAUAUUGUAGCUUUCAUACAUACAUCUCAAACAAAUCUAGGCAUUAGAUAAAUUGAUCGGUGUUUUAUGUGAUUUUGCUAGAAAACAAUCAAUUACAAUUCUAUACUAUAUUAGUUCUAAUAAUAUAAAUUCUGAAACUGUGCACAUCUGUAACAGUAUACGGUUAUGCAGCUCAUAUUUAUACAUAUGCUGUUUUACAGACUGUGUUAGUUCUUCUUGUAUUUUGGUAAUAGUAAUCAAUAUCAGAGUCAAUAUGAUAUCAGCGUCAGAAAACCAAAGAGGAUAAGUUGUGAAAGCUUUGAUAGGCGAGAGGUUGCAGUUUCAUACAUGUAUGUAAAUGUGUAGUAAAUUGCUAUACAUAACAAUAAAUGCCAGUUAAAGUUGUUGAAUAACUUUAAUCAGAUCCUUCACUGCAGAUAUACAUGUAACUACAUGUUUACAAAAUGUCAGUUAGCUUUUACAUGUAUAGUUGAACAUCACCCACAGUAAGUUUAUAUUGUUGUGUAUAGUUUGCAAUGUUCUGAGUUUUGACACCUCAGGCAUUUAAAGUAAUAUAAGAAUUGUACACAUAGGCAUACCUGUAUAAGUGUGGAAUCACAGCCUCUCUAAUGUUAUUGUUGUUAGUUUAUUUUCCUUUAAUAUUCUAAUAUAUUAUAUAUUUAUUGUAUACCUAUAUAAAUUCGGUUAAAAGUACAGCUUCACAAGUAAAAUUCAGGCAGAGCAAAAUUCAGUGUUGUACCUUUUGUAUUGCAUGUUGCCAGACAACUUUUGUUAAUCAGUAUUCAUGACCUGGCAAGUUUUGUAAAUAUGACACACAAAAAAUCAUUUUGAGAAAAAUAGUCAUCAUUUGCUAAAACAAUAAACAAAAAGUUGGAAGUAUAUGAUAGAAAGGUCAUUGUAACAGUAGCUUGAUCUGGGAUAUUGUGUUUGUCACACUCAGCACUUAUGCACCUCCUGUGAUCCAGCCCAGAAAAAAUCCACUCUAGCCAAAUACAACAUCCAAGAUCAAGCUACUGUUAUAAUAACCCCAUUAUAUCUAUGAGUUAACAGUCAAACUGGGUACACCAAUACAUGUUAUCUCUUCUUGCCACAGUCAAAUCUGUAAACAAACCUUUAUUAAGCAGCCGGUCAAGAAAAUGUCAGGUGGCCAGUAAGGCAGGGUCAGCUGUAUUAUACUUGAAAGUGUCAAGAAGUGGUCUUUAUUUGCAGUUUGUCUGUAUUAACAUGUUUAAGUACACUGCAGCUGUUUACAUCAGAAUGCAUACCGAUUGUCUUUUUUUUUUAUAGCCAGAAGGUUUUGUUCAUAGAUGUCCUGUAACAAAGAUAUUCAGUUGAAACUGUCGUAGCAGCCACCUGUAUUAGGCAGUUACUUGCCUUAAACAGCCAAUCACCCAACUUCUCAAAUUGACUUUUUGGCGGUGGGGGGGGGGGUGGGGGUGUAAUUUCAACUUGUAUAGAGCAGCAGUAAGCCUAAGCUGCGAUGUUAUGUCUCUAAUCUGGCUGCUUAAUAUAAGUUUUAGUGCAUGAGUCAAAUAUUCUAGAGUGUUUUCAUUUAAUGAUUAGAGGUUGUCUGUAUUUAUUCUAUCUUAUGUAAGUGCCAAUUAUGUCUUUCACUAUUAGUUAUGUGAUUUUUAUUGUCGAGCCCGCUUGCGGUGAGCUCGAUAUAGUCGUCACUUUUGGUGGGUCGGUGUAUGUGCGUCCGUCUGAUUUUGUCCAGACCAUAACUUUGACAUGCAUGGACCAAUCUUGUUUAUAUUUGACAUGAAUGUUUACCUCAAUGAGAAGGAGUGUCAUGCGUAAACCCCAUGUUCCUGUCUCAAAGGUCAAGGUCACAGUUGGAGGUCAAAGGUCAAAUUGAAGUUUUGUCCGGAGCAUUUCUUUUUCAUGCAUGGUGGGAUUUUGAUGUAACUUGGCACGAAUGUUCACCAUUAUGUAGAGAUGGUACCUAAAAACACAAAUUGCAUCUGAUAUUACUUUCUAUUGAAAACUUAAUGCCGGAGUACCGAAAAAUUUGGUCCUACUUGGAAAAGUGAAGCCAGUGACAGAUAACUCUUCUACAAAGUAUGCAUAGAUUCGGAUGUGUUUCCCAAAACUAUGGUUUACUUCAAGAUCUAUGAAUAAUCAUUCAAACAAAAAAGUUGAGCAUUAUCUUUCAUUUUCAAACAAACUAAUUCAAAGACAUUUUUUUUAUUUAUUACUGCCGAUAAUUUACAGGUAUGGUAUGAUCAUAGGAAAGAAAACAUUAUUCGUGAGAAAAAAUAUAAAUAGACUAUAUGAAUUUUACGACAUCGAAUCCCUCAACAAUUUUACAAAAUUCGUUUGCCAAGAAUAAUCAAGGCCUCAAAAUGUAUGAGUUAUUUACAGAGCGAUAUAAAAAUGUAAUUCUAUCUGAUGGUCACACCAAAACCAUACCAAAAACUGUGCAAAAAGAAGUUAUUUCACAUUUUAUGACUGUACAAAUGUACCUAAUUUGCAUAUUGACCGAGGCUUGCGGAAUCGCAUUUACCUUGCGGAAUCGACCGUUACAGAAACUUCUGUUAAAAUAAUGCAGACGUUCUUUAGUAUAAAUAAAAUGGUUGUGUUAGUUAAAAAGAAAUGACAAUCACCUUUCUUUAGCUAAUCCACCAAAACAACGAAGCCAAUGUCGCUGUCAAAAGUUCCCUUAUUUACUGCACGGUGCUAUGUUAAAUUAUUGCAAGUGUAAGAUAAGCGAUAUGCACUUCAGUUUUGCACUUGAUUUGUUGUUGUUGUCGUUGAAUACAUAGCCUUAGGUACCAUCUCUACAUUAUGAGACGGAGUGUCAUGCGCAAGAACCAGAUCCCUGGGGCCAAGGUAACACUUAACAGCUGGCGGGCUCGACAUUCUGCCCAUGGGCAUACUUGUUAUUCCUAUGUUAUUCUUUGUACACUCAUUCUUCUCACACCACUGAUUUUGUAAAAUUAAUGUCUUUUUUUUUUUAAAGCAUUUUUAAGUAUAUUUUGUGAUAAGCCAUGUAUUUUGUAUGUUUUAUAGUUUAGGAGGUGGUCAAUCUUAUUUUGGUAAUAUUUUUGAUUUGUUUGAAACUUCCACAAUUAAUUAAAUACAUUUAUUUAUUUUCAAGACAGAGUUUUAUAGCAUAUAAAUUUGAUAAAUAUUUGAAAUAUAGAAACAAUUUUGUAACAUUUUUCAAAGAAUUACAUUGACAGUUACUGUUCAACAGCAAUUCGUUUGAAAUGCGAGUUUAUAAAAUUAUUAUUACCUCCCUUUAUACUUUUUCAAGCAGCUGUAAAACUUGUGUUUGGUUAAAAAGUUAAUUAACUGGAAAUUCUAAUCAAAAUCAAAACAGUAGAUACACAGUCAUUUCAAAUAUUUUUACAUUUAGAGUUACAAAAUUUACAAAAGACAAUAAGACCUAAUAAGAAUCGAAGCUUACAGAAUUUUUUAUCCUGAAGUAAAUGUAACAGAAUAUAUGGAAAAGUCAUAAAAUGUUACUUAAAUUAGAUUGAACACAUAGAAAUGUAUACAGUAGUAACUAUGAUACUGUGAAAAUGGUAAAAAUGAAAUAGUAUGAUAGAUUAUUAUAUUAAUUUUGAAAUGGAAGGUUUCAAUGUAUACUGCUUGUACAUCAUGGUUUUAUAUUUUCAUUUAUCAUAAUAAUAAUGAUAAUAAUAAUAAUAAUAACUUUCUUUAAAGAGGAUAACAUAUUUGGUUAUAGCCAGUCUAAUAUAUGGUCUUUUAACAUAUUACUUUUAAAAAAUCAUUCUUAGUAAGUAACAAAGACAUUGAAUUGAAAGACAUGAAUAAGAAUAACAUGUUAUGAACAAAUUUAUCCUUAGUGACAGUACAAUGAAAAGAGUGAUUUUUUUCUGACAUGGUAAAUUGAUAUUGUAUGGUGAUAUUGCAUUGCUGUGCAUAAAUUGUGUUAAAAAUCCAAGUCUGCUAAAUAGUAUUCAAAUACCUUUAACAAAACAAAGAACUUUAGUUUGCAAGUUUAUUUAUUAUAUUCAUUGUUAAUAGGGAUUAUCUAGAAUCUUAAUAUUCGAUAAUCCUUCUUAAACACAUCAUCUAGCGGGUGGGUCGGUGCGUUUCGGUAACAGUACGGUACGGUCUGAAUUUAGCCAUGCCAUAGAUACUCUUCAAAGGAGGCGCAACAUAAUCCAGGAACUUGGAGAAACAGCCAAAAAGCGCUAAACAAUAAAAGCAAACUUGAAGCACAAAAUUAAAUAACCAAACUACUUUUACUGUGAAAUCAUUUAAUUUUAUUGUCAUAGAAAUUUCAUCUCUUCUGUUAAAACAUCUAUUGUAUGGUGCUAUAAGUUUGUGGAUUUCAAGUUUCUAAGGCAAAACAAAUGGGAAUUUUAUUUCUUCAUUGGAAUCGCCUAUUGUAGAUUGACUGACCCAUGAAAUCUCCAAAAAUUAGUACCCAUUAGUAUAUACAUGUAUUGUUGUUUAUAGUACUGAAGUCAAGGUUGGAUGAUUUUUAUUAUAGGUUUCUAUUUUAGUUUGUGAUAAAUAGAAUAUAAAGUUAUUGUAGUGUCAGUAUUGAAUUUAUUGAACUUGUUGCAUUUAACAAUGAUCAUAAAGACUUGCAUAAUAUAAUUUUAUUAGACUCUUUGAUUAAAUUCAGUACGGUAUACAACUCUGUUGCCUAGUGACAUAUGGUUGCAUGGUGUCCAUCUUUGUUUAAAAAACAAAAGUAUCAUAGAUCAAUUAUCAUUAGUAUUCACAUCAGAAUUGUUGAAAACAAAAAUCUCAUGUUUAGUUUUUGGUAAUGUUGACAUUGAACUUGUUGAAAACAAAAAAAACCCUCACAUUUGUCAUAAAACAGUAAUGCUCAUUUGAAAAUGAAAUGAUCUCUGGCAUAAACUGGGUCAAAGACCUCCAUCACAAUUUUCAGGCAGCAAAAAUUAGCAUAUUUUCAUACAUAACUAAUUUAUGAACAUUUUUGGUUUCCUUAAAAUGAGAAACUACCUGAUCACAAUUUGUAAACAUUUAUCUAAAAGAACCUGUUCAAGUUACGCAGUUCAUUGUUAGCCUAGCAAGUAUGUUGGGUAAAAUUAAAGGAAUUAAAUUUGUAUUAUGAUUUUGUGUUACUUAUGGGCAUUUUGCUGCUCAGAAAGCUUUGCGUCGAUUGCCAGGCCGUUGUGCCAUAAGUGUUAAAGGUCUUUGACUUCAAGUAACUUUUCCCCUUAGCACAGUUUACUGGUGAUUUUUCUUCUAAGUGUUACAAGAAGUUGUUAGCUACCAGCCAGGAUGUAUUAUGUGAUAAUUUGUUGAUGUAUAAAAACAUUGUUAUGCCUGCAAUAUGCUUAAAGAUAUAUUAGAUUCAAAUUUUGUAAUUAAAAACAUGAACAAUUA